ACUUGCAGGAUGGGAUUCCUCCCCCUUCCUCUCCAAAUCGGUCCCUUCCUCUUUCAUCCCAUCUUAAGGGAUCUCCGUGGAAGCCUUGUCACCAAGCCGUUCAUCUUCUCAAGUCAUGAAUCUGAAGCGAGUUGAAGGAAUCUAGGGCUUUAGGUGGGUUGCAACUCUAAGUCUAGGUGGGCGGCAAUUCCAGGGGUAGGAACGGUCGGGAUUGAAGGAAGGCAAUCGGAUGGCCGGGGUUUUGUUUCUCCCUCCUCUGAUUUUGCCUAUAAAAAAAGGGAGAGAGCUUUUCGGAUGAAAGAGGGGGAGAAAAAAAAACAGAAAGGAAAAACCCGAGAGAAGGAAGAGAAGAAAGAUAAAGAGAAGGAAAAAACUGAAGAAAGGCAGAAAGAGUGCGAGAAAAAAUCAGAUAGUACUGAGAUUUUCGGGCUUGAGGAAUCAAAGGCAAAAUGGGCAGUUUGAGUUAGCUUCCAGAAUCUAGAAGUGUCGCAAAACUUAGGUUGAGAGGGCACUGGGAGACUAAUUGAAUUGCUACUAAGCAUGAGAACAACUGAAGCCAUGUUUGGUCUGUGAGCAACAUUUUCUUGAACACAUAGCAAACCAAUAUGGAUGCAUCUCAUCAUUUCAGCUGUUGAACCAUUUUUCAAAGUUGGAUCUAAGAGAUUUAAUGCAGUCCCUUCCUUCCAGUUUUUCCAUGCCUGCAAAAAGUUAUAAAAGCACACACACAUG